AUGGCAUCAUCAUCAGGCUCCAUGGUUUCUUCCCUAACCUCUCUAAGGUUAUCCGGCAAGGUUGCAUUAGUAACCGGCGGCGCCGGCGGCAUCGGCGAGGCCAUCGUUCGCUACUUCGUCGCGCACGGCGCUAAAGCAUGCGUAGUCGACAUCCAAGACAACCUUGGCCGACGCCUCUGCAACGAACUAUGCGUCGGCAGUCCGGACAGCGCAUUCUACCGUCACUGCAACGUCACCGUCGAAGACGAAGUGAGGCGAGCCGUCGAUCUCAACGUCGACAAGUUCGGGAAGUUGGACAUAAUGGUGAACAACGCCGGAAAAUUAGACCGGCCGCCGGUUCCGGACAUCCGAGAUGUUGAGUUCUCGGCGUUCAACCGGAUACUCGACGUGAACAUCGGGGGCGUCUUCCUCGGGAUGAAGCACGCAGCUCGGGCGAUGAUCCCGUCGAGACGAGGCUCGAUAGUUUCGCUUUGUAGCAUGUCGGGAUUGGUCGGCGGUGUUACGCCGCAUGCAUACACGUGCUCGAAGCACGCGGUUCUCGGGCUAACCAAGAACGUCGCGGCCGAGUUAGGGCAACAUGGUAUACGGGUGAAUUGUGUCACCCCUUUCGCCAUUCCAACGCACUUGUCCGUGUUUACGGACACGGACGAAGUUGACGAGAAAGCGCUGGCGGGGUUUCAUAGUCUCGUAGAGAGUGCGGCGAAUUUGAAGGGUGUCGAGACCGGCGUUGAAGACGUCGCCAAUGCCAUCGUGUUCUUGUGUAGCGACGAGGCGAGGUAUGUGAGCGGCACAAAUCUCGUCCUCGACGGUGGCUUCACGGCGGUUAACCACUCGUUCCGAUUUUUCCGGUGA